CUCAACAACAGCUCUAAUGCCUUUCUCAUCAACACCACCAAGAGAAUUGUUGGUAGGUGGUUCGGCGCAUCAACAACAAACAACAUCUAAUAAUAAUAAUACUAGUUCGACAGUGGUGGUUAAUAAUAAUUCUUCAACGACAACAACUACUGUAGGUGUAAAUAAUCAACAACAACUUGUAUCUUCAACGACAUUGAAUAAUUCUCCGAGAAUCAAUCAAGAAACAAACAAUACAAUGUCAUCCAAUGCUGGACAAAGUAAUAGCAGUACUAAACCAAUGAAUAUAAGCAUACCUAAUAAUAAUACUAUCAAUCUAGAUAUAAAACGAAACUCUUUGGAAAAAUCACCUUUAGCCAUUGUAAAUUCGUACAAGGAGAGGAAAUACAAACUAUACAAACAGGAACCAACUGUUCCAACUUCAUCAUCUUUAGAAUCUGAUUUAAAGAUAAAUAUGCAAUCUUCUCCGAGAAAUCGAUCAGGUAGUAGUGGAAGCCCACUUAGUGCAACAGCAGCAUUACAUACAAAUAAUAUAUCAUUCGAAAUUCCAUCAAGUAAUAAUAUUAGUGGGAAUGUAAAUAGAAAUAAUCUCACUAGUGAUUCAAUUCAUCGACCAGCAACAGUCAAUUCAUUUGUAAAUAAUUCAAAACCUCUCAAUGCCUUGUCACCUCCUUCGCCAACUGAUUUAACUCCAAUGGUGAAAAAGAGAAGCAAUUCUUUCGAUGAAAAUUCAGCUGCUGUUUCUAUAUGUACGGAAAUUAUUAUUGAGGAUGAACAUGGAAAACAAGAAAAAUCACAUAAGCGAGCUGGGUCUAUUAGACAUCACCAAAGAGAAAAGUUUCAACUCAGUGGUGAAAGUUUAUUCCGAAAACCGUCUCCGAAAAGAAGUCAAUCAGAGGAUGCAGAAAAGUACCUUAAUUCGGAAGAUUCAACAAUAGGGGAUCAUGCUCAACCAACCACAAGCACGACUCAACCAAGUGAGGACUCAAAAGGUCAUUUUCAUGUACAUAGUCUUCCUUCUAGAGCUUCUAGUAGUGGUGUCAAGAAACCUUUUCCAACAAAUUGGAUCACACCAAAUAAUUCUUCUACUAGUAACAAAUUUAAAGGAAUUGGAAACCCUGAAUACGCCAAUACCACCAAUCCUGCCCACGCUAUAAAGCACAGUUUUAAGGAAUUUAAGAAAAAUAUCAGAGAUGAAGUGAAGAAGGGCGUUUCGACAGUGAAGAAUGCUCCAUCCUUUAUCAAGUCAGUGCCAAAGAAAAUUAUUCCAAACUAUCUGGCACAACCAAAGGUGAGAGGAGAGAACGAUAGAAUGUCACUAGAUAUUGAGAGUUAUGAUUAUGUAUAUGUUCCACCGGAAGAGCAGAAGCGAGAGGCUAUUGGAGAACUGUAUGUGACUGACGUUCAGACUAGAAACUUGAAAUCCGUUGAGGGAUAUAAUACCAAUGAGUCAGCACUGAAUACAUCAGUCUCUGGUCAACCACUUCAAAAGCGAGUCAAAUCCUUACAAUCAAUGGACGCUUUGGGAAAUGAAGAGGAGAAUACAGAAAAUAUCCUACUGGAAGACUAUGUGACGUAUUGUGAAAUUUUAUGUGAGGGAAAGAAGCACACAACAAUGAAUCUUGGUGGGGCCUAUCUAAACAAGAAACUCAAGUGGCAAGAGGAAUUUAAAUUCUACGUUUCUGAUGAAUCUAGCUCAAUCUCUAUUGAAAUUUUCCACAGUCCACCAAAGCCUAAAUCUAAGAAUGAGAUUAUGUGUCUGGGAUUUGUUUCAAUUCCAAUUUCUCGAGUUAAACUGGCCAAGGAUAGAAUUCUAGAUGAUUGGUUCUGUCUAAUUACGCCACUAGGUACCAAAACGUUCUCUCAAGUACAUCUUCGUUUCCAAUACAUUCCUUACCAGAAUCCUGCCUUCUCCGCAAAGGAUUUAGAGUUGCUGGAUCGUAUGAGUCUGAAUCCAAGUAUACCAUCUCAAUUAACACCACGCGACAAGCCAGAACGUAAAACUCUCCUAGACUCCCUCAAUAUUGAUGUUUCAGAUGAUUUACUCUCUGGAAGAGUUUUCCAAUCCACUAUAGAAGGAGAUAGUUCUACUGAUAUUUCACAAUCUACUUUUGUCUCACAAACUCCACGAUCAUACGCUCUUUAUGAUGGCUUAUUGUAUUCCUCAGGUCAUAAGGAACAAACAAGUGCUGUUCAAAAGGUAAAGGAGGAAUUACAAUGCACUGAAAAGACCUUGAUGAAUGAAAUUCACAAUCUCAAGUUGGACUUGCUGGAUACCAAGAAGAGAGUUAAUGAUGCUCACGAACAAUCAAGACUGCAAAUGACUGACAAGAACGUCACUGUUGAUAAGUUAAAGAAUAAGGUGGAAAAAAUCGAGUCAAGAAUGAAUCACCUGUCGACUAUUGUCUUACAGUUGAACUCAGCCCAAGCCAUCACUAAGGAUAAAGUAACCAGUCAUGAAGAGGAUAUCAAGCUCUACGAAAGUAGACUCAAGGAAUUGGAAAAUAAGGUCAACUCAAUGCACAGUGCUAGAAUAUCAACCAAGCUUAAGGAGUGGGUAUUUUACUUGUUGGCCUUUUUACUCUUCUUCUUCUCUCAAAUUCUUGUAUUGACAGGAUAUGUUUUUAACAAGAUUAAACUGAGAAGACCUCCAACUGCAGAUGAAGAAGAUGCAGUGGAUGAUGAUGAAAAUGAAGAGAGCACCUUCAGCACCCUGAGAAGACGUAUGGAAGGUGUCGAGAAAAAGUACAGGGAUAUGGCCAUGAAAACCAAUACACCACUGGGCAAUAUGCCCUCAAGGGACGGAGUCAACACUCCUUCAGAUGAUUCCACAGCAGAAGAAUCCACUGUUGGGAAGAAGGAAACAUUCCUUUCUCAAAUAACAAAGGUAGCCGUUUUGUUGCCAUUCAAAAAGUCUCCUCUCGAUUCUCCACUUGUGGAAAGAAAACCAACAAUGAGCUUCUCAACUUUGGAAAGACAAAAUGAAUUGAAAGAUUUACUCUCUCCAAAGGAAGAAUCAUCUGAUAGUGACGAAUUCCCAGAAAGCCAAUCUCACUCCACUCAAAAUAUUGCACCAAGCAAUGUAAAUACUCACCAGCCAAAGUUUGAUUUCCGAAGCACUGUAUCAAAUCAAAUCCUUGCAAGUAAUAAUAAUAGCAGUGACGAUGAAGACGAUGCAAAAUAUAGUGUUGAAAAGACAUCCAACAAUAGAAUUUUCGAAGAUGUCAGUAAUACAAGUUCAGUACAGUCACCAAAUACUGAACCUCACAAUAAGGAAGAAAUACCAACUCAUAAGGUUGUACUUCCAGAACAUCAACAGAGUUAUCUUUUCAAUCAAUUAAAACAAUCCUACAAGGAAGAGGAAGACUUGAACUCGCCACAAUCAUCAGAAGCUACAAGUCCACAACCUAAUUUCGAAGAUCAUACCUCCAAAUCUCAACAACAACAAUCGAUUAUGGAAGAGGCUGAAAAGUUGCAAACAAUUUCACAAUUCUUCAGAAAGACCGAGAAUACUGGAUCAAACAAGACCAAGAGGCUAUCAAAUGCAAGCAUUAAGAAUGUGCCUAUCAAUACAUCAUCCACUACUGCUCAAUCUAAUAAUGAAGAAGAAGAAGACUUUGAUUCAUGGUUUAGUAAUAAAAUAAAUUAGCCUUUAGUUCAUAAU